AUGAUAGAAACAAAACCAAAGGAAUUUAGAUUAGGCCAGAAAAUUUAUCCCUACAUUUUUCUCUCUGUUUCUUUUUUGGACAAGGAAUUCAUCUCUACUAAUCGAAGGAAACAAGAAAAGGAAAUUAAGAAAAGAAGAAACAAGUUUCUCCAAGAGUUUUUCUUCCCAUUACUCAAAAGCUUUGAUCAAGGUGGAAAUGGCUGUGGGCCAUCUGAAUGUGACAAUAGAUACCACUCAGACGAUGAACUUCUAGUGGCGCUUUCAAAAGGAUGGUUCAACGAGAGAAAAAGAUGCAAUAGAUGCAUUAACAUCCGUGGCAAUGGAAAGAAUGUUAUGGCAAAGGUUAUUGAUCAAUGCGACUCCAGAAUGGGUUGUGAUUCUGGUCACGAAUACAAGCCCCCUUACGGCAACGACAUUGUUCUUGCCUCAAAAGGUGUCUGGUGUGCCUUGGGAGUGCCCCGAAGUCAAUGGAGCAGUCUGGAUAUACAUUGGUCUGAUGCAUAA